CAAGAACUUUGAGGGCCUGCUUACAGUGGUUUUAUUGUUGCGUAGAGUAAACAUUCACCAGUCCUCCCCACUCUCUCGUACGAUGCUUAAAUUCUUGAACCGUGCGACACCUGUCUUGACUCGUGCAUCCAAUGCCAACGUCACUCGCACCAUUUCACGCGCCAUUCACCAGUCACGACCUGCCUUCCAGGUCAUGGCCACCAACCCUUUGAGAGCAAAGGAAGCCACCGGCCCAAUUGCUAGCAAAUAUCCCGUCAUUGAUCACGAAUACGACGCUGUAGUCGUUGGCGCUGGUGGUGCUGGUCUUCGUGCUGCUUUCGGUCUUGCCGAGGCUGGCUUCAACACUGCCUGUAUCACAAAGCUUUUCCCUACUCGAUCGCACACUGUUGCUGCUCAGGGUGGUGUUAAUGCUGCCCUCGGUAACAUGACUGAGGAUGACUGGAGAUGGCAUAUGUAUGAUACAGUCAAGGGUUCUGACUGGCUUGGUGACCAAGACGCCAUUCAUUACAUGUGUCGUGAAGCCCCCAACACUGUCAUUGAAUUGGAGCAUUAUGGUGUACCUUUCUCUAGAACUGAGGAAGGCAAGAUCUACCAACGUGCCUUCGGUGGUCAAUCUCUCAAAUAUGGCAAGGGUGGCCAAGCUUAUCGUUGCGCUGCCGUUGCUGAUCGUACUGGCCAUGCCAUUCUCCACACUUUGUACGGUCAGUCUCUCCGACAUAAGACCAAUUACUUCAUUGAAUACUUUGCUCUCGAUUUGAUCAUGGAAGAUGGCGAAUGCAAAGGUGUCCUUGCUCUCAACAUGGAAGAUGGUACCCUCCAUAGAUUUAGAUCUCACAAGACCGUCCUUGCCACCGGUGGUUAUGGGCGAGCCUACUUCUCAUGUACCUCUGCCCAUACCUGUACUGGUGACGGUAAUGCCAUGGUUGCUCGUGCUGGUCUUCCCCUUCAAGAUCUUGAAUUCGUUCAGUUCCAUCCUACUGGUAUCUACGGUGCUGGAUGUUUGAUUACUGAAGGCUCACGUGGUGAAGGUGGUAUUUUAAUCAACUCUGCUGGUGAACGCUUCAUGGAACGUUAUGCUCCUACUGCCAAGGAUCUCGCUUCUCGUGAUGUCGUCUCUCGUUCCAUGACUUUGGAAAUCCGCGAAGGUCGUGGUGUUGGUCCUGACAAGGAUCACAUCUAUCUCCAACUUUCUCACUUGCCCCCUGAAGUUCUUCACGAGCGUCUUCCCGGUAUCUCCGAGACUGCCGCUAUCUUUGCUGGUGUUGAUGUUACCAAGGAGCCCAUUCCUGUUUUGCCCACUGUCCAUUACAACAUGGGUGGUAUUCCCACCAAGUACACUGGUGAAGUCUUGACCGUUGAUGAGAAUGGUGCUGAAAAGACUGUCCCUGGCUUGUAUGCUGCUGGUGAAGCUGGUUGUGUCUCCGUUCACGGUGCUAACCGUCUGGGAGCCAACUCUCUUCUUGAUAUCGUUGUCUUCGGUCGUGCUGUUGCCCACCACAUUGCCGAGACUUUGGAACCUGGAACUCCAUUGAAGCCUUUCGCUGUUGACGCUGGUGCCGAGAGCAUUGCCAAUAUGGAUGCUCUCCGAAACGCCAAGGGUGAUAAGUCUACAGCUGAAAUCCGUUUGAACAUGCAAAAGGUCAUGCAGAGCGAUGCUGCCGUCUUCAGAACCCAAUCUUCUCUCGACGAAGGUGUCGGUAGAAUGGCUAAGGUCUGGGAUUCAUUCAAGGAUGUCAAGGUUACUGACCGCGGUAUGAUCUGGAACACUGAUCUCGUUGAAACCCUUGAGCUUCAAAACUUGUUGACCUGCGCUUCCCAAACUAUUAAUGCUGCUGCUGCUCGUAAGGAAUCUCGAGGUGCUCACGCACGUGAGGACUUCAAGGAUCGUGAUGAUGUCAACUGGAUGAAGCAUACUCUCUCUUGGCAAGACCAGGAAUCCGGUGAGGUCAAGCUCGCCUACCGUAAGGUCACCGACACUACUCUUGACGAGAACGAAUGCAAGCCCGUCCCACCAUUUGCUCGUGUCUACUAAGUAUCCCUCAUCAAUUGACUUAGAGGUCCCCACUUCCUUUUAAAAUCCAUUUUCUGUCUUGCCUUUUUUUUUUGCUCGCUUUUUUCUUUCCACAAAGGAAGAAUAAAAAAGAAACCUAAAAAUCGAUAAU